AUGGUUUCCGCUCAAACUAAACAAAAGGUUGAAAAAUUGAUCAAAGAAAAGCCAAUCUUUAUCGCUUCAAAGUCUUACUGCCCAUACUGUGCGCAAACCAAAAAGACAAUUGAGGCUCUUACCAAGGAUGCUUACAUUAUUGAAUUAGAUGAAGAAGCUGACGGUAGUGAAAUUCAAGAAGCCUUGGCUGAAUUGACUGGUCAAAAGACCGUGCCAAAUGUCUUUAUUGGUGGACAACACAUUGGUGGUAACUCCGAUGUCCAACAAUUGAAAUCCGCUGAUCAAUUGGAGCCAAAGAUCAAGGCUGCUUUAUAA